AUGGCUGAGACUUUGGAUUCUGCCGAUGCCCUCAAAAUGACUACUUCUACAUCUCGAUCACACGAAUUUCUCCCUUCCCCGAAUCUACACUCGCCUAACGGAGGAGAGAUUGAAGAAGUCCUUCUUGAUGAUACUAAUAACAACCAAAAGAGCAGUGCUUUACUGUUAAAGAAGCCGGAGUGUUGCUUUUCUGGUUAUCAACAAGAUUCAGAGGUGGACACGGAGACCCUGAAAACAGCAGUCUUUCGAGAUUCACCAUCUGGUGAUGUUGCAUAUGACUCCGCCUUGGUCAGUACUGAUGUUGUUUUCCCUGAUAUUCAAGAACCGCCUUCUUCUUGUGUGGCGAUGUUUGCUGAUGACGCGACUGAUUCAAGAAAUGAGAAGAAUCGCGAGGAGAAGUUUGCUGACGAUUCAAUUGAUUCAAGAGCUGUGACGAAACAAGAAGGUAAUUUUGCUGACGAUGCAAUUGCUCCAAGAACUGUGACGAGACAAGAAGGGCAUUUUUCUGAUGAUGCAAUUAUUUCAAGUACCGUGAACAAACAAGAAGAUGAUUUUGCUGAUGAUGGAAUCGAUUCAAGAACUGUGACGAAACAAGGACAUUUUGCUGAUGAUGCAAUUGAUUCAAGUACCGUGAAGAAACAAGGAGGAGUUUUUGCUGAUUAUGCAAUUGUUUCAAGUACUGUGAAGAAACAAGAAGGUAAUUUUUCUCAUGCUGGAAUUGACUCAAGAACUGUGACGAAACAAGAAAGGAAAUUUUCAGAUUAUGCAAUUUGUUCAAGUACUGUGACCAAACAAGGAGGGAAGUUUGCUGAUGAUGGAGUUGAUUCAAGAACUGUGACGAAACUAGAAGGAAAAUUUUCUGAUGAUGUAAUAUGUUCAAGAACUGUGAAGAAACAAGAGAAGUUUGAAUCUUUAAAAUGCGCUUUGAAGAUUCAAGUGAUUGAUGAGACAGCACUCAUCGAGUUACCCUGUCUCGGAAAUGGGACGUUUAAUAAUGGGAAGCGCCAAAAAACUCAGGGGACAAAGGAGAAAAGGCCAAAAAGAAGGAUCUCGAAAGCUGAAAAAAAGGUGGAAACUUCAGGUACCCGCUCCCAAGAUUGUGGCUACAUUGGGAAUAAAGGGAAGAAAAGACUGGUGUAUUCGAGGAAGGAGGUGGAGGCUUUGAGGUUUGUGGGAUUGGAAGCCCAGAAGAAUAAGUGGAUUGAAGUCUACUGUGGGCUCGGUCCUUUGGUGGCAAAGGAAUAUGAUGAACUGUCUCAUCAUCAGAAACACAAUGCCACUGGCUUUGACUUUGAUCCUAGGAACCAGUUCUUGAGAGCUUCCGUGCCCCCAAGAUACUUGGAUGCAGUUGCUGCAAGGACAGAAGGAAACCACCUGAAAGUCUCUGUGCGCUGA